GAGAGUUCAAGGUUGUUGCGGCGCUUCCGGUGACGUCAUCGCGCACCGACCGACGUCCAUAAUGGACUUGCAGCUGUUCUCUGACAAACAAUAACAAGAGCAGCGAGCGAGCGAACGAACGAACGGCGGCGGUAGCUUCCGUGUCUGUAAUCGCACUGAUAUCGAGCCUGUGUGGCGUCUCGACUCUGACAUCGCCGGCGAGGAAACUCUGGCCUCCGCUGCCUCCUCCUCCGACUCGGAAACCGGCGGAGCUUCGCCGCCCCCGCGGAAGAAAAGCCGAGGCUCGGCGGCGGAGGGAGCAGGAGAGAGCGGGGCGUCUGCUGCCGGGAUCACGGGCCUCUCUGCGGCGUCUCUCCCAACCCCCCACCAGCGCUCGGCCAUCCGUCUCAAUAACAGCUCGCAGUCGCGCAGAUCCGCCGCUGUAGACGCCUUUUAUAACAUGCAGGCCAACGGGACCGGAGGACAGGAGCCGGAGCCGGAGCCCCAACUGUCCUGCAGGAACGGAGAGUCCUCGUCCUCCGCCGCGGGAGCAGUGCACUCCAACGGGCUGCUGUCCUCCGCGAAUAACGGGCUGCCGUCCACCGAAAGCCCGGCGUCAGACACCAACACGAAGAAGAAGAAACGACUGUCCCAGAGCGACGAGGACGUGAUCCGGCUGAUAGGGCAACAUCUCCACGGGCUGGGACUGAACCAAACUGUGGACCUGUUGAUGCAGGAAUCAGGCUGUAGACUUGAGCAUCCUGCUGCUACCAAGUUCAGGAAUCAUGUGAUGGAGGGAGAGUGGGAAAAGGCUGAGAGUGACCUCAACGAGCUGAAAGCACUGAUGCAUUCACCCAGCGCUGUGGUGCGGAUGAAGUUCCUGCUCCUGCAGCAGAAGUAUCUGGAGUAUCUGGAGGACGGGAAGGUUCUAGAAGCGCUGCAGGUGCUCAGAGCCGAACUCACUCCGCUGAAGUACAACACUGAACGCAUCCACGUCCUCAGCGGGUACCUGAUGUGCAGUCAUCCCGAUGACCUGCGAGCUAAAGCUGAGUGGGAAGGCAAAGGGACGGCCUCACGAUCCAAACUCCUCGACAAGCUGCAGACGUACCUGCCCCCGUCUGUGAUGCUGCCACCCCGCCGUCUGCAGACGCUCUUGCGGCAGGCUGUGGAGCUGCAGAGAGAUCGCUGUCUCUACCACAACACCAAACUGGACAGCGGACUGGACAACGUGUCUCUGCUCAUAGACCACGUGUGCAGCAGGAAACAGUUCCCCUGCUACACCCAGCAGAUCUUGACAGAGCACUGCAAUGAAGUCUGGUUCUGUAAAUUCUCCAACGACGGCACCAAACUGGCCUCGGGGUCCAAAGACACCACAGUCAUCAUAUGGCAGGUCGACCCUGACACUCAUCAGCUCAAGCAGCUGAAGACGUUGGAGGGUCAUGCCUACGGGGUUUCCUACCUGGCCUGGAGCCCCGAUGACACGUAUCUGAUAGCGUGCGGCCCAGACGACUGCUCCGAGCUCUGGCUGUGGAACGUGCAGACAGGGGAACUGAGAACCAAAAUGAGCCAGUCCCAUGAGGACAGCCUGACCAGCGUGGCCUGGAAUCCAGACGGCAAGCGUUUCGUUACCGGAGGUCAGAGAGGCCAGUUCUACCAGUGUGAUCUGGACGGAAACCUGCUGGACUCCUGGGAGGGUGUUCGUGUUCAGUGUCUGUGGUGUCUGAGUGACGGCAGGACAGUGCUGGCCUCUGAUACACACCAGCGCAUCCGUGGAUACAACUUUGAAGAUCUGACCGACAGGAACAUAGUUCAAGAGGACCAUCCGAUAAUGUCCUUCACCGUGUCAAAGAACGGCAGAUUAGCUCUGUUAAAUGUCGCAACUCAGGGAGUUCAUCUGUGGGACCUGCAGGACCGGGUAUUAGUCAGGAAGUACCAGGGUGUGACUCAGGGCUUCUACACCAUCCACUCCUGUUUUGGCGGCUACAACGAAGACUUUAUCGCCAGUGGCAGUGAAGACCACAAAGUUUACAUCUGGCACAAGCGCAGCGAGCUGCCCAUAGCCGAGCUGACAGGUCACACGCGCACGGUCAACUGCGUGAGCUGGAACCCCGCGCUGCCGGGCCUGAUGGCCAGCGCCUCGGAUGACGGCACCGUGAGGGUCUGGGGUCCCGCACCCUUUCUGGACUCCCAGGAGACCGAGGGGCUUACCGAAAGACAGACCAACUGAGCUACCAAGUUGUUAGUUGAUGAGUGCUAUAGCAUGGACAGUUGAUGUUGACUCUGGAGCAGAUGUCCACUUUGGAAAAUAUACAGUGAGACACACUAUAGACUUUGUGAAUGAAGAACGAGAAAUGAAGUAAAUCUAAUGGCAGACGGAUGUUUUUUCCUGGCGGUUUCACAUCCCCACCCGCAGCGCAGCGGACACAUGAAGCCGGCGGCUGCCCUUCACCAUCUGACUUCACAUCCGUGUGGCGGCACCAACGCACACGCCUCGCUGAGGACACGCCCCUCCUCGGCUCAAGCUCCUCCCCCUCUUCCCUACUCUGCAUCCUGAGUGGACGACUGCCUCCUGAAGCCACACCCACCCAAACACACGCACACACGGACAAACAUCGCUCAGAUCGUUAUUUAUUACGGCUUUAAUUUAUUAUUGUGAAUGAAUCAAGGCCUCAGGCUUGCUUUGUGUUCUGUACAAUAAUCACUCAGCGAGGGGACAAAAAAAAAGUGCAAACUCUCGCACGUGUCGGAGAGAGAACAAAUCAUAUCUUUAUUUUUCAGCAUGAACUUCUUUUAGCCACCUCGUAUGCUUGAAAGUAAGUGUCUUCACCAGCAGAUAUAAGAUAUUGUUUUCGUUUCCCUCACGACAAUUUUAAAUGACUGAAUUUACAGGCAUUUUUUUAACUGAUUGAUAUUCGUUUUGAUUCGAAAAGUCCAAUCAUGACCCCACUAUUUUCAUUGCUUAUGGUACUUUAUUCUGAGAGCGGGAAGUGAUGGAUCGUUAUUCUUUAGUCUUGAGAUGUAAGAUUUACGAAGAAAGAUGCAUAACAGGACAGGACAAAACAGGUUGUUUUUUGGUAACGGGGUUGAAGACAAACUAAGCUAGGCUCGCUAAGACUCACAGCAUGCUAAUGACACGCCAAUGAGCCGACGUCACGUUCCACAUGUAAAUACGGGCCUUCAGCGUGUGUACUUUGCCUUCGUUAGGUGUUUGUGACGUGCUUGAGGUCAUUUUUGCAGUGAAUGUUCAGGCUCUCUGUGUGAGACGAGUGAUUUUGUCACGGUAAGUACGUCAGAACGAACUCCCAAAUGUUUCUGAGUUCAGUUUCCAUGAUGUUCGUCCUUUUUCUUUUUUUCCUCCUCUUUGGUCUCGUUUCCUCUCGUAUUAUCACAUCUUGACUUUUUAUGUUUUUUUUUUUUUUUGUUGUUUUUUAAUGCUUUUCGGACAUGUAUAUGAUUACUCAUCAGCUUUUCUUAGUUUUAUUGGCUUUUAUUUUGGGUUGAUUUAUUUGUUUUGCUUUAUUGCUUUUUCCCUUGUAUUAUCCUAUAACAGAUGUCUUGGCAAGUGGCCUCUUAAAUGCUUUUUUCUAUUGGUGAAUUUCUUAUACUUUCGUACCAUAUGACGCAUUAGUACACGCAGGUGUACCCGUAAUGAUUUAGGUAUUCAGAGUGUCAUCACUCGCCUACUAUGAUUUAUUCUGUAAUUAUGUGCUCUUCAUAUACAUAUAUAUGAAGAAUCUAUAGAUAUAUAAAUAUAUAUAUAUAUAUAUAUAUAUAUAUAUAUAUAUAUAUAUAUAUAUAUAUAUAUAUAUAUAUAAAAAUAUAAAAAUAUGUGUGUGUAUUUCUUGCCAUGUAUCCUCCCUUACAAAUGUUAACCGUUUCUCACCUGCAUCAGGUAAACUCCUUGUACAGGUUAUUUGCUCCCUGACCAGCCGAACCUGUUCCGUUAGCGAGGAGUGACGCGCACAAACGUAAAGACAAAACAGGUGCAUGCAGAAACACCCUCACACAUAUGCGAGAUCUCACCGAAUCGUGGUGUUGUACGUUCUGGUUUAUGCAACUGAACUUUCCUUUCCUUCUGAAUAUUUGUGUUUCAUUUCAGUCUUAGUUUGACUUUCUUGUGCUCUGAGGCGGUGUAACAGGCGGGGUGACAGUAACGGUAGCGUCCUGGUGGAGUUCUGGGCUACGACUAAGUUUAUUGCAGUCAGGUUCUGAGGAUCUGUUUUGCAUUUCAGUGUGUUAUUAUUCUAAGUGAUUGUACUAUUAUGUAAUGUUCUGUAGGAGAGGUGUUAUGUAUACAUACUUUAAAUAAAGCAUUCAGGGUUUUAAACUA